UGCGUUUCCAGGGAGUGAUGGGCGGUGCUGCCACAGAAUCAGAACAAGGAAGUGAGUCGCUUGAACGAAAUCAGUCGGAGCUUGGAGAAACCGAGAAUCGAUAGCGCACGCUGCAUUCAGUAUGAGUAAAAAAGGAGCAUAUCCUCAGCAGCAAAGUUAUCCGACACAGCAGCCGACAAUGGCUCCGCCAAAACAACAGCCCACCGCUCAAGCUGCUCAGGCACCACCUUACACCGAAGCUCCUCCAUCUUAUGCCGAGCUUCACCAGCAGCCAAGAUUUGUCCAGGCUCCACCUGGUUAUCCAGGUGGCUUCUAUGUGCCACGCACAAGCCAAAUGCAAAUGGGUCCACCUGGGGCAGCCGUGCCCAUACAGUACUAUGCAGUGCCACAAGUCUUCUCUCCAUCUUCAACUGUGGUCGUGAAGGAUGGGUUUGAUGCAGGUGCCAGGUUUGGGGCAGGAGCCACUGCUAAUAUUCCACCUCCUCCACCUGGUUGCGCUCCUAACGCUGCUCAGAUUGCAGCCGUGCAGAGUGGCAACGUUGUUAUGACCCAGAGAAAGGCCGACUGGAUUUCUGGUGGCUCAGAUGGUGGUUACACAAUCUGGUAAACAGAUGAAAGCAUCAACAAGAACAUGUUAUUGGAAGGAACCAUUAACCUUUUAUUUGUUUAGAUAAGUAAUGGGUGUAUCUUGAUAACUAAGCUGCUUUGAAAUAUUUUAAAAACCUUCUCUCUUUUUGUGCAGAGUUUAAAGUUGUAGUAUAUCUGUUAAGCAGGGAGAAAUGCUCAUAAAACAGAAGAGUCACUUUUAAAAAAGAAAUUUUAAAAAUGUUGUUUUGUGCCUUUUUUUAGAUCAGAAUAAACUCCCAAAGAACUGUGGAUGCUGGAAAUGAGAAAUUGUUCAAAGCUCAAUAGGUCUGACCGCAUCUGUGGAGAGAAAUCUGAGUUAACGUUUCAGGUUGGAUCGCUGAAACAAAUGUUAACUCUAAUUUCUCCCUCCACGGAUGCUGCCAGACUUGCUGAGCUUUCCCAAUUAAUCAGAAAGUGGCUUCAAUUGAUAAAUAAAACAACACUUUCGGUGCAUUGUCUGUUUGCUAUGUCUCUGAUCACAUUUCAAAAUAUUGAUUUUUGUCUAUGAAGGACAGAAAUGUGUGGGUAACUGCUGUUAAUGAGAAAUGUAUAAAACCUCAUGAUGUUCUUCACUUUUUUCAAAAAUACAUGCGAUUUUUGAUGGCUGUGAAUAGGUCUCCAAAGGGUUAAUUGUGCUCAUCCCUGAAAGGGAAAUUGAGCUUUUUCACCUGUAACCUCUUGAACUGUCUCUUUGCGUAAAUAUCAGUUUUCUUCUUGGAGGGGUCAGGAAUUUUUCUUUCCCACUGUGUGUUUUGAUGGUCACUUUUGAGCCCAUUUGCAAUGUGAUUUGUCCAGAGCACCACAACUGAUUUUUAAUUAAAAAAAAACUUUCUAGACCACUGAUUUUUGUUAAAGGCAAUGGCGCAAUGCAUGGAUGUGGCUAGAAUCAGAGCACCUAAAAUGGUUCAUUUCCAGACUGAAUCCUCACAGGAUCAGGGACGUCUUCUGUUUACCUCUUGGCUCUUUCUGAAAAUGCUAAUUUGUGCUUCUCAUUGAAGGAGAACACUCUCUCUCUUUUUGACCAAUCAUUUCUCAGCUUCUGGAGUGAAUUGCUGAUUUUGUAUUUGCUAUGACAAGUCUGUUUAAUUCUCUAUGUUCAGUUACCAACUUGUACUUGGGGAGUGGGGGGAAAAGAUGGCCUGAGUGAAAGGACCAGAAGUAUCAUUGUUGUGUUGGGUGGCAUUCUAACAUGUUACAUUAGCCUGCCUGUCUGGUGCUUCAUAUGUCUGGGAUAAAUAAAGCAUUUUUGUUUUGGCAA